AUGGCCCCGACAACCUGGUUUGCCCAAAGCCAGGCCCGGCCUGGCACGGUCGUCCAACUGAGAUCCCACGCGUGGGUGAUCCGGGAGCAAAUCAACGAGUAUAACUGCCAACUCUCCUUCGACGACAUCCCCCCCGGGGUGUCGUGGCCCAGCUACGCCUGUGCUCGCUUCCUGGUCGACAAACAGGGGGCCCGUCCGGCCGUCCGCGCCCUCAUGCGGAUAUACAUCCAGGUGCCCCUGGAAGGCACCGAGGCCGAGCCACCCUUGAUCCGAGCCCAGCAAGCCAGGUCGGAAUUUCGUCCCCGCGAACAGGGCGCACUGGAACAGUAUCACGACUCGGGGAUUACGCCCCGUCUGCUCGAUAAGAAGUUAGAUCGGCAGGAGCCGUGGGGCGUCGUGCCGGGUGGGUUUCUUCUUCGGCUGGUGUGGGAGAUUGUCCCGGGGGAGAGGCUGGGACUGGGAUACGGGGAGUCGAUGUUCUGGGGUCUCCCGGACGAGGAGCGGGUGUUGAUUCGGGAGAAGUUCAGAGUGGGGUUGAUGUAUGUGACUCCCUCCCGCCUACUCUGGUAG